AUGGACACGGUACCGCCGCAUAUUCCACUGACUAUCGAUACGGAUGCUGGAGUUGUCAGAGGUCGAGGGGCAUGUGACGACAAAGGGCCGAUGGCGGCCCAAAUCUUCGCUGUCGAAGAGCUACGCCAAGAAGGAAAGGUGAAAAAAGGCGACGUCAGCUUCCUUUUCGUGGUGGGCGAAGAGAAGGGAGGCCCAGGAAUGAUAGCCGCAAACGAUAUGAAUCUUACCUGGGAAGCUGGUAUUUUUGGAGAGCCUACGGAGGGAAAACUUGGGAAGGGCCAUAAGGGCCAUCUCGUGUUUGAGUUAACGGCAAGGGGCAAGGCUUGCCAUUCAGGCUACCCUCACCUGGGCAUCAACGCCAUCUCGUUAUUGCUCCAAGCACUGGUCAAACUAGACCAGGUUCAGUGGCCGUGUUCGGACCUCCUGGGCCCAUCCACCUUUAACAUGGGCCAAAUUGAAGGCGGCGAGGGCUAUAAUGUGGUUGCACCGGACGCAAAAGCCCUUUGUGCCGUUCGGGUCGCCGCCAGUCUUCCGCAAAUCAAGGAAGAAAUCACUGCUGUUGUUGCCGAAUGCCCCGGCGUGGAGGUGGAGUUCAAGUUUGAGUAUCCGGAGACUUUACUCGACUUUGACUUCGAAGGCUUCGAGUCUAUGCCUGUGAGUUACGGGACCGAUGUUCCAAGGCUCAAAGGCUACGAUGUCAGUAACACCGCGAACAUCCAGCCACCGAUCUACGAAGCCUUUGGCCAAGUCCACCUUCUAUCAUGGGUGGCCAUAGCAUACACCGCCAUGAACGUCGCCAUGGUUCCACUGGCCCGCAGGCUGGCGGUUCUAGGAAAUCUGAGGUACCAGGUUGUUGUAUACUGCCUGGUCUUCGUUGUUGGCUCAGCGGUCUCGGGUGCGGCUCCGAACAUCAACUCGGUGAUUAUUGGACGCGCCAUCCAGGGCAUUGGAGGAGCUGGACUGUACCAACUAGCCAUCAUCAUUAAUACAAUGGUAACCACAUCGACCGAACUUGCUCGUACCCAAGGCUUGACUGCAGUCUCUUGGGCUAUUGGCCUCAUGCUCGGACCAGUCAUUGGAGGCGCCUUCGCUGAGAACCAAAAGGCAACAUGGAGAUGGGCCAUGUACAUCAAUCUCCCUGUUUUGGCCGUCAUCAUUGUCUGCAACUUCCUGGCCUUGCCCAACAUGCACGCACCGAACGCGGUCCCCAUGAUGCAAGGUCUGCGAGCUAUCGACUGGGCCGGCGUCGUGUUACACGUGGGCGGCUUCAUCCUCUUGUGUUCCGCUCUCAUCUUCAGCGGCUCCACAUGGGAAUGGUCAUCCCACUCCACCAUCAUCGCCUGGGUAUUUGUCGGUGUCAUCUACAUCGUAUACAUCCUUCAGCAGAAGUUCUGCUUGCUCACCAGCAAAGAGCGUCGAAACAUCCCUGCCGAUAUUCUCAAGAACCGUACGGUAAUCCUUAUCUGCGUCGCCACCUCCGCCGUUGGUGGUUGCUAUGGAAUCGCCCUGUACUACACUCCUUUGUUCUUCGCCUUCACCAAAGGAUUUGACCCGGUAGACGCCGCAGUCAGGCUUCUUCCUUUCAUCUUCACCUUCAUUUUCUUCACCAUUAUCACGGCUGGCAUUGUCCCCGUCAUCGGCAGAUAUGCCCCAUUCUACGUCGCUGGCGGUGCGUUGACCAUCAUCGGAGGGGCGCUACAAGCCCAGAUCACCGCAACAACCUCCGAGAGCCGAGUCAUGGGAGUCAGCAGUCUUAUUGGCGCAGGUGUCGGUUGCAUGUGGCAGACGGGAGUCGCCAUCUUGAUGCAGAGUGUACCCGCGAACAGGCGGCUGGAUGCAACUGCCAUGUUCAUCAUGUUCCAGCUGGCUGGUGUGUCGAUCACUUUGGCCAUGGCCGGCUGCAUCUUCCAGAACGUGGGCUUCAGUAAGCUCAAAGAGUCACUUGGAGGUUCUGGUUUCAGUGAUCAUGACAUUCGCGAAGCUUUGGCCGGGCUUGACUCCAAGGUCUGGUCUGACACCGAUCCAAGAGUCACUCAAGUUGCCGUGGGCCACGUGGCGGAUGUGAUCGCGAACAACCAGUACCUGAUUGUAGCUUGUGGCAUUGUCGCAUUUUUGAGCGGUUGUUUCAUGAAAUGGGAGAAGCUGGACUUCGGAAGGGGAAAGCAGGCGACUAAAUGA